UGUAUAUCUUAAUCUGUAAUUCAAGUAUUGUGCCCUUGAAUCCCUUCAAAGCAUUGCGAUUCAAAGUUUCUGUAUCAGCUUACCAGACAAAGCAAUGGUGCCAAGAUGGGCGCAUUCUUUCUGGUGGAUUCUGCUCAUAUGGGGCUCAAGUUUAACCAUCUACGCCAUGCCACCGCCGCCUCCGGUUAAAUGUGACGAGACCGGCUGCAUCCUGUCCAACUCUUACGGCGCAUGGGGAGAUAGAAUCGACUGUCAUGUCCCAAAUGUCACAUAUCCAACGACUGAAGAAGACCUCAGCCUAGCCGUCGCACAGGCGAAUAAAAAAAGGCUCAAAAUCAAAGUCGUAAGCAAAUUCUCACACACUAUACCCAAACUCGCCUGUCCACAUUCAGGAAACGCGUUGCUUAUAAGCACGGAGAAAUACAACUCCGGCAUUGAAAUCGAUGUGGACAAUUUGGAGGUGACGGCAGACGCCGGGGUGUCGCUGCGCCAGCUGAUUGAUCGAGUCGAAGAAGCCAAUCUGAGUUUGGUGGCGGCGCCGUAUUGGGAAGGUGUGAGUGUUGGAGGACUGAUUAGUACGGGGGCACACGGCAGCUCUUGGUGGGGAAAAGGCGGAGCUGUUCAUGAUCAUGUUAUCGGCCUCAGCCUUAUCGUUCCGGCUAAUGAAUCUGAAGGCUUCGCCAAAGUCUUGAGAAUUGGAGCUGAGGAUCCACUCCUUAAUGCCGCAAAAGUUUCUUUAGGAUUGCUGGGAGUCAUCUCCAAGGUGAAGCUGUCGCUGGAGAAAGGAUUCAAAAGAAGCAUAACUUACAAUUUCACUGAUGAUGCUCACAUGGAAGAUUUAUUCAUGGACCAUGCAAAGAAAUAUGAAUUUGCAGAUAUAACCUGGUACCCAUCAAGAAAUACGUCUGUCUACAGAUACGACAACAGAGUUCCUUUCGAUACACCUGGCGAUGGAGUUUACGACUUCCUUGGCUUUCAGUCCAAUUCUAUUUUGGUCUCCAAAGCAACAAGAGCAACAGAGAAAGGAUUCGAGGCAGCAAGAAACGUGAAUGGAAAAUGUACAAUGGCAGCUUCAUUUGUGGGGUUCAAGAAAUUAAUCGGCAAUGGAUUAAAGAAAAAUGGUGUGAUUUUUACUGGUUAUCCAGUGGUCGGUCGCCAGGGAAAAAUGCAGACAUCUGGUUCCUGUUUAUAUUCCCCUCCUUUCAGAAUCGAUUCGUCUUGUGCUUGGGAUCCCAGAAUCAAUGGCCUCUUCUUCUACGAGACGACAGCCAUAUUUCCUGCUAAAAAGUUUGCAGAUUUCAUCCGCGACGUGAAGAAACUAAGAGACCUGAUUCACUCAGACAAUCUAUGUGGGAUCGAUAUCUAUAAUGGGAUUUUAAUCCGUUUCAUCAAGGCCUCCCAGGCUUAUCUGGGUCAGCCUGAGGAUUCAGUGGUGAUUGAUUUCAACUACUAUCGUGCUGAUGAUGCUGCAACUCCGAGAUUGAAUCAAGAUGUAUGGGAAGAAAUAGAACAAAUGGCGUUUUUCAAGUAUGGAGCGAGGCCUCACUGGGCUAAGAAUAGGAACGCAGCUUUCUUGAAAGUGAAUGAGAAGUAUCCGAAGUUGAACAAGUUUCUUGCAGUGAAGAAAAAACUGGACCCGGAAAAUAUUUUCUCCAGUGAAUGGUCGGAUGAGAUAGUGCUAGGAAAAGAAGGCGGUAAAGGCGACGGAUGUGGCCUGGAGGGACAAUGCAUCUGCUCAGAAGACAGACAUUGCAGCCCAAGCAAAGGGUACUUUUGCAAACCGGGUUUAGUUUACAGUGAAGCCAGAGUUUGCAGAUAUUCAUCGUCUUCCUCCGCUUUGGUGGUGUAGUAUUGAUAUGUUUCAGCCUAUAUUUUUAUUCUAAUCCAUUGUCAAGAUAUAUUUUUUUCCUUGGACCAUGGACAAGUCAUUCAUACAAACUUUCUCGAAAGCAAUCCCAACAUACAACUAUAAAUAAAUUCAUAAGAUUUAUUUGUCA